GUAAGGUCGGGGAGCCAUGUGGAAGCUGCUGUGCUGUCGUCUUGGUGGAGUUGUUCCAUGUGUUGCGAUUUUAUGAGAUGCUUUCUAAUUGUCAGCAUAAUUAAAAUGUCGUGAAGGUAAAACUGACCUUGUUGAUUUAACUCACCCGCUCUUCGUUUCGUUGAAUAAUGGGGAAAUCAAAGACCAAGAACCAGAAGAAAUCAAGAGCACAAGCUAACCAUGUGGCCGAGGAAACAUACGGAGCUGUCCCCCACUCUUUCGUAUUUCACCGGGGUCAGAUUGGAAAAAACGUGGGCCAGCUCAUCCUGGAUGUGCGGAGAGUUAUGGAGCCAUACACUGCCGAGUCUCUAAAGAUUAGGAAGAAGAAUGUGCUGAAAGACUUUGUGGCCAUAGCAGGACCUCUUGGAGUGACACAUUUUAUGAUCUUCAGCAAGACUCCCAGCAGUGUUAACAUGAGACUUGCUCGACUUCCCAAAGGUCCCAUGCUCCAUUUCAGAGUGCUCAAGUACUCUCUUAUCAAAGACGUGGUUUCAUCCCUGAAGAGGCACAGAAUGCAUGAACAACAGUUCACACAUCAUCCUUUACUCAUCCUCAACAAUUUUGGAUCUGAUGGCAUGCAAGUCAAACUGAUGGCUACCAUGUUUCAAAACAUGUUUCCCUCCAUCAAUGUGCACAAGGUGAGCCUUAAUAAUAUCAAGAGGUGUGUGCUGCUGAAUUACAACCCAGAGUCCCAAGAAAUUGAAUUUCGGCAUUAUAGUCUGAAGGUUGUUCCUGUGGGCAUGAGUCGCGGAGUCAAGAAGCUCAUGCAGGAGAAGUUCCCCAACAUGAGCAAGUUUGACGACAUCAGUGAGCUGCUGAUAAAAGGGGCAAACCUUUCAGAGAGUGAAGCAGAACAGGAUGGGGAUUAUAACAUAACUGAACUGCCACAGGUCUAUUCAGGACGAGGAAACAUGGCAUCCCAGCAGAGUGCUGUCCGUCUGACUGAGAUUGGUCCUCGCAUGACUCUGCAGCUCAUGAAGAUACAAGAUGGCAUGGGAGAGGGCAAUAUUCUGUAUCACGCUGUCAUCUCUAAGACAGAAGAUGAAAUACAGGCGAUCCUGGACCGGAAGGAGGCACAGCUGAGAGAGAAACAGGAGCGCCGGAAAAAGCAGGAACAGAAUGUUGCUUUGAAAAAAGAGAAGAAAGAAGAGAACAAGAAAAGAAGCCUGGCAGGCAUUAAGAGGAAACAUGCUGAGUCUGAUGAGGACAGCGAGGUGGAGAAUCCUGGCAUGCAGGAAGAUCAGGCAGCUGCUGAGUCUGAUGAUGAGGUGGAGUAUUACAGACAGGCUGUGGGAGAGGAGCCAGAUGAAGACAUGUUUCCCAGUGCCAGGAAGAGGCCACACUCAGAGAAAACUCGUGGACCUGCCAAGAAGCGGAAGAUGUCCCCUGGUAAAUCAAGAAGAAAAGAUGGAGAUGCCAAGUCAUCAGAUGGCAAAAGUCCAGCCGGAAUUCAGAGAGACAAAGGAAAGGGAUGGAAGAAAUCCAGAGAUGGGGAGAAAGCAUUUGGAAAGAAAAUGAAGCCUGGAGGAAAGGCAUUCAGAGGAAAGACAUUUGCAGCAAAGAAAGCUGCUGAUUAUGAGAUAAAAUUUAGUGGCAAGAAGAAAUUUGAAGGCAACAAAACAUUUGGGGGGAAGAAAAACAAGGACAGGCCAUUUAAAACUAAAGGUCAAAAAGGUACGCCAGGCUUCAAGAAGAAAGGCGUAGGACCUAACCAAGGCUUCAAACAGAGGAAGGGAAAGGAUAUCACAAGGGGGAAUGAAGUUGACUCUCAGCACCCUUCUGCUAAAAACAAGAUGGUGCACAAUUUCUCUGCCUGUGAAAAGUUUCAGAUUACGUUGCUACCCUCAGUGUAUGGCAUCGAGUUUAUUGUUGCCCUGGCAGGAAACCUGUUUGCUCUUUGGCUGCUGGUGGUCAGAGAAAGAAAGAACUGGCACACUGGGGUGGUCCUGUCUUGCAACCUGGCGAUCAGUGACCUGUUGUACGUCCUGACCCUGCCUCUGCUGAUUGUCUACUACUCCCUCGAGAAACACUGGCUGUUUGGUGACUCUGUUUGUAAGAUUGAGAGGUUUCUCUUCAACUGCAAUCUGUAUGCGAGCAUCUUCUUCAUCAUGGCGAUAAGUGUCAACCGAUGUGUGGCCCUUGUGUGGCCCUUUUUCACUCGAUCUCAUGUUGGGCCCGCCCACGCCAAAGCUGUCAGCAUCAUCAUCUGGAUCCUUGUAGGAGUCAUUUCCUUCCCUGUGUUGAAAUUUUCCUCUGUUUGCCCCAACGAAUACAACAACAGCUCUUUGUGUGUGUCCUUCUGUAACCACACACAGGGGGAUGAAAGCCCUCAUGUCACUUACAGACUCUUUCUUGCAGUGUUUGGAUGUCUGGUUCCCUUCUUGGUUACUUUCACUUCUUAUUGUGUGGUUAUUUGGGUGGUGUGGAAAAAUGUUAAUAUAACCACACUGGAGAAACGCAAAGUAGCCCUAUUGGUCAGUUCAGUUCUUGUGCUAUAUGCUGUUUCCUUUGGGCCUUACCAUGUCUUUCAAAUUUAUCACUUACACCUGAAAAUCAAGAACCCAAACAACUCAAACUGUUGGGUCUAUGACAUGUACCAAGUGUCAAAAGGGCUGGCAACUUUGAAUAUGUGUAUUCACCCGAUCCUGUACAUGGCUCUGUUUGACAGCAUAAGAGUAGCUUGUUGUGGAAGGAGCCAAGAAGACAAAUACAGGGGAGGAAUGAGGAAAUAAAGCAGCUUUUUAGCAGAUCAAAUAAUGUUAUGUCCUAAUACUUGAGCAAAUGUAUAUUCUGUACAAUUUUUUCCUUUUUUUUUUUUACAGAGGAUAAUUUGGUCAACUUUCUUGAUAGAUUUUGUUUCUUUUUUUAUUGUUGAAAGUUACAAAUGUCCUAAACUGUAUACAUAAACACAUCUCUA